UCCAGGUGCCGGGGUCAUUCAUCAAAUUAGCAACCCCAUGGAACGGUAGAAUUGUGAACAGCCGGCAGCAACAGAAGCAAAAACGUCCCAUCCCGAUGAGAUUUUAUUGCGGUCUUUGAGGCAGCAGCCACAUUCUUUCGAAUGAGAAGAGUCGAUGCGAACACGGAAGUGAAGUGAAGUGAAGUGAAAGUGGAAGCCCCAACAGAGCGCUACUAAAGUUGUUCCAGGAAUCAAAAGAAGGAAAUUGUACCAAAAGCCCAAAACGCAAAAGGGGCGCGGUCAUGUUAAGAAGGAUGGAAAAACACAUCAGCUGCCUGGCGGCCCUAAUGUGUACCACCUACCUGAUGCUGACGAUUAAAUGCGUGCACGGAAUUGAUUGCUUCAAAUGCGUCUCGAUGAAUGGUGCGAAUAAGGCGUGCGACGACCCGUUCCACAACAACUUUUCGACGGCCAUCCUGGAAUCGCCGUGCAUGGGCGGCCGGAAGGGACGGGAUGGCUUGUUUCCGGCCACAUCCUGCAUCAAAAUAGCCGGUUACUACGAUGAUACUGGCGAGACAAUCACCGUUCGAGGCUGUGCCCUGGACAGCGGCACUCUGACCACCGAUACGGAAAUCAUCCGAAUGUCCCACUGCGGCCGGUUCUUCUACGACGAUAGAUACGUCCAUGGGUGCCUGCAGAGUUGCAACGAUGCCGACGCGUGCAACGGAAGCACCAAACCGGAUCCAGUUCGCUCCUUGAUGGUUUACCUCACCGCACUCGGUGCAGUUCUGGGUUGCGUGCUGUACCGUAGACGUCCAGAAGCUCUCACCAACAGCAACAGCAGCAGCCGAGCGAUGGCGUCCUUGCAGCACCGAUCCUUUCAGCUUGACGUCGCCACUACCGGAAGCUAACAAAGUGGGAACAACUAGCUGCCUAAUCAACCGCAUCGGGCGAAUAAUUUAUGAAAACUGUGAACCAUCGUAGCGUUUAGUUAGAUCGCUAUAAUAUAGAAGUGGGGUACCUACCUUACUAGUUUGUAGUAGAAAAGAGGGUUAUCUUUCCCGGUGCGACCAGGAUGUCACGGUUGGAAAAUGAGAAUUAUUAAUAAGAUCAGGAGACACAGAAUUAGGCAUCAGGUAUUCAGCGUCGGGUCAUCCGGAGGAAGAUUCCCAACAUUGUCCACAUUCAUUGUUUGUACAAAAUAGCGGCACAAAUCUCUCACCCAACUUAAGAAAAAAAAAACAUAAAAUCAGCUUUUGUAGCUUCGAUCGAUGUAAAAUAUAUUAAAUAGUCACUAAGCGACGCCUCCCCCCAAAAAGAAGGGCGUUCUUAUCGCCGGACCAACCGGAAAACAAAGGUACACUGCACUAAUGCUGGAAGGAAUUUAUACUAACACAGAGAAAAUGUUCUGCUCUACGAGAAGCAGUCGUCAGAAUCAAAAAAACCGAAACCAAAAUUCAUACUAAAGUUAAAAAUAACAUUGAAAUCAAAACUUGUAAUAGGAAUCUUAAAUGAGUCUUAUUUGUAGCACAGUUAAUCUCUAGGUAAAUGAUGAAAAUCAAAAUAGGAACGGAAAAAAACAAGAAUAAGUCAAUACAUUGUAAAUUAUAACGUAAAAAGUGAAGAACAACGGGUGAUCUAUAGAACAAAGUAGUUGUAUCUGCUCCCUGAUGAAACGUGGAUGGAAUGCAGUAU